GUGGGUGCCAUAACAACAACAAUCACGGUGUUGGUACCGACGGUAUGCAGGUCGUCGUGGUCUUGUCGGAACGAGUGUAAAGAGAAACAUCAUCCCGCCAAUCUUCUUUAGCCGCAUUCAAGUUCAAUUGAAGCUGAAGAAGUUGGAAAAUGGCUCGUUCAACCUGCUCCUCUCUGGCUGAGAAGCCUUUCUGUCCACCUUCGCCAAUGUCAGGACAUGAACCUUCAUCACGACAUUGCAAGAAGAAAAUGGCGAAGGAUCCAAGGAGAGCGAUCGACGACGACGACUUAGAUGAGGAUGAGUCUCUGGCAGAAAGGCUCAUGGGCCUGUCAGAAAUGUUCCCACAAAGUGUUCGCAAGACUUGCUCGACUGCCGGUGUCUGCCUGGUGUCCUUAACAAAAGGUGGAUAUUGGUUGAUGCGGAAUGCCCUUUGGAUUGUCAGCUCUUCUGCAGUCAUCCUGGCUCUUCCUGUCAUUUUUGAAUCAGAGAGAGCCCAGCAGCACGAGGAACAACUUCAACAGCAAAGACAGAUUUUGCUAGGACCAAAUGCAGCAGUGUCUGGGUCAGCAGCCAGCAACAACCUCCUGCCAGGCAUGGGUAUGAUGCCCCCUCCCCCCGGUGCUGCGGCAAGGAAAGAGUAGUGCGACAUGUGGCCAAGCUUACACUGCUGUCCUCUGCUCUCUUUCGGAGCAAAUCCUCAGGAUGCUUUCAGUUUGGACUAUUGGUGAAAAGAUAUUCAUCUGGUUUGAGAGGUUUGAUGCACUGCACAUCAUGCAGUUUGAGCUGAUGAAAAAAAUAAAACUAAUUUUUGUGAUAAUUUUUAUUUUAUUUUACAGAUCACAGAGGUUGAAAUGAAAAUGGGUUAUGGGGUGUGAAGUGCCUAAGAGCCCAGAGAAUUGUUGGAAACAAACAAGAAUUACAUUAUUUCAAUAGAUUUUGAGUACUAAAAUACUUUUGUAGUGUUUAUUAAAAGUAUUAGGACAGCUUUACUGUUGUUUGUCAUUUUUAUGGUAAAACAGGUAAACAUGAGUGUUUGACCUUGAAAUAAACAAUGUGAGAAAGAAGUUAAAUGGCCACCCUGUUGCAGCAAUGAAUCAAACCCAGAUUGCUCCGAAGUUUUAAUAACUAUCUCAUGGAAUGUAUGUGAACAAUAUGUGUAUGGGUGAGAGAAAGAGUGUGUGUCUGUCUGUGUUUUUAUUUGAGUCUCAUUUGGUUUUAUACUGUCAUCAUGGGUUAUGUGAUUGCACUGUGCAUGUUUUCUGCUUCCUUUGUGUGAUAUUAGAGUGGACAGGUGUUGAGGAUGGUGGGUGUUAUGCCUGAAUGGGGAAUGUUUCUUGCUAAAUUAACACAUCUUGGACAAGGCUGAUACCUGAAAGAAUGCAGAUCCAUUUUCAGCGAAUGUUGUCAUUUUCAGUGGUUGAAUAUGAAGGUGUUGAGGGAAAUGAAUAAAAUCCAAAGGACAUUUCUAA